AUGAGUCGUCCGGUUUUACAUUUUUGGGAAGCUUCGCCCGCAGCGCGAAUUUGUCAGCUUGUGAUUCGUUAUUUGGAUCUCGAUGUUGAGAUUCGUUCCCGCUCGUAUUCAGACCACAAAACUGAGGAAUUUUUCAAACUGAAUCCAAGUCAAAAAAUUCCCGUGUUACAAGAUGGCGACUUUACCCUCUCAGAAUCCUUGGCAAUUUGUCAAUAUCUCAUCGAGAAAAAUGGUUCCCAAGACAAGCUUUUGGGAAAAACUCUCAAGGAUCGCGCAGUUGUGAUGCAUCGCCUUUGUUUCAACUUGGCAACAGUUUUCGUCAAACUUUAUGACCUUACGCAACCACUUUACGAUGGCACUACAAAGGAAUAUGACACUCAAAAGUUACAAGAUUGCCUGAAAAUGUUGACCGAACUCGACUUUUAUUUGGGCGAACAUCGUUGGGCAGCUGCCGAUUACGUCACACUUGCGGAUUUGGCGAUUCUCACGAUGGUUGCUUCAUGCCGGCAUUGCGGUUUUGACCUCGCGCCGUUCAAAAACAUCAGCCAGUGGUACAAAAAGUGCGAGACAUUGCCCGGAUUUGCGGAAAAUGAAGACGGAGCAAAGCGCCUCGGCAAAGACUUGAAGGAAUUCAUGACUAAAUAA